AUGUCGUCGGAAUCAGCACCAACCGGCGGCUCAGUGGAACCGUCACCGACGCGGUCACCGGCGCCGGCGGCCGCGCCGGCGGCCGCCCAGAAACCACAGAACCCCGCCCUGCGCAUGAUGGGCAUCCCCAACCUGCCUCGCAAGCUUCCAUCGCGCAACUGGCUGAUAUUCUGGGGCGUGGGUAUCGCCUUCGCGUCCGCCAUCGUCUACGACAGGCGAGAGAAGAGGCGGGCGACGGCCAAGUGGCGGCGCGUCGUGUCCCCCUUGGCCGAGGAGACCAUCUCGUCGGCCAACCAGCUGCCCCGCAAGCUGACCGUGUACCUCGCCAGCCCGCCGGGCGAUGGCAUCCGCGCCGCCCAGGACCACUACAUCGAGUACGUCAAGCCCGUGCUCGCCGCCUCGGGGCUGGACUGGGACUUCGUCCAGGGCCGUCAGCAGGGCGACGUCCGCGCCGCCGUGGCCGAGAAGGUCCGCCGCGCCAGGAGGGAGGUCGAGAGGCCGGGCGAGGACGUCGCCCCCACCGAGGAGUCGCAGCUCGUGGAGAUGAGGCGCAAGAUGGGCCUGCCCGAAUACGAGGGCGUCCGGGGCGACGUCGUCAUCGGGCGCCACGCCUGGAAGGAGUACGUCCGUGGCCUUCACGAGGGUUGGCUCGGUCCCCUGGAUGCGCCUGUCAAGCCCGAGAUGCCCGCCGCCGCCGCCGCCGCCGCUGCUGCUGCGGCCGCUGCUCCUCCUGCUUCUUCUUCUGCUUCUGCUGUCGAGGCACCCAAGGCCGUCGUCGACGACGCCGAGCAGCCCCGAGACGAGGAUCGGAAGAAUAAGGAAGCCGAGGAGAAGGAGAAGGCGGCCGAGAAAAAGUCGGACCGUCCCCCCCAGCCCCAACCGUACAACUCCCCAUCCGACUACGCCGCCUCGUCCCUGCCCCCCACCAUCCCGGCCGAGCUGUCCCCGUCGGCGACCAUCGCGUUCCCUCACCGCCUAGGCUUCAGCUCCACCUUUGUCCGUCUGGGCUGGUUCCUCAACCGCCGCAAGCUGGCCGACGACAUCGGCCGCGAGGUGGCGGCCGUGUGCUACGCCGCCUCGCGCGAGUACCGGUCCAUCGACGCCGGCGAGGUGCCCCGGGACGGCACCGACGACGGCCAGUCCCAGUACGAGCAGCAGCUCAUCCUCAAGGGGGAGGAGAAGAACUGGCCCAAGAGCGUCUGGAAGCCCGACGGGCCCGUCGAGACCGACAGCACGGGAGGGGAUGCUACCGCUACGCCUGCCCGGCCUCCCAAGGAAAAGAUAUGGAUAUCCCCGCUCGCCAUGGACCCCCGCAUCGCCGGACGUAUGCGCCGCUUCGAGCUCGGUGCCGACGUCGAGGAGCGUGCGGCCGCCAUCCAGGUCCCGGAGGAGGAGGUCGAGGGUAAGGUCAAGGGUAUGCUGAGGGGUCUGUGGAGUUGGGGGGUCGAUCUGGUCAGUGAAAAGCCUAGAGGUCCCAACGUCGGGAACCUGGAUGAGUAA